UCGAUAUUAAAUGUCAAUAAAUAAUUUUUGAGGUUAUGUUGUGUUUUGUUUGGGGCUGUAUCUGUGUUAAAAACACAUUUCUCUUCUUUAUAAUCUCAGAAUUGUCAGUAAAAAACGUGUUUGUUUCGUAAUAUUGUUUAUUAGACUUGGGUUUAAUACAAAAAAGGUUGUAUUUUUGUAACCUCAAAAUGGUGAAUAAACUGAAUAAAUCGUUCUAUAAUACGGUUUUGAGCCAGACUUUCACCCCCUGUGGCAACUACCUCGUCGUGGGUGACAUCUACGGCACAAUUUCCGUGUUCCAUCUCUCAAAACUGACAAAUCAAGGAAGUUCAAUCACUAAGGAGGACCAACUCCCCAAAAACACGUUCACGAUCAAAGAAGACGUCCAAAUAAACAGUUUAUUGACCACGAAAUCGUUCCUUGUAGUCGGGACAGUUGGGGAGAUUUUGGGGUACGCGUGGAAGAACGUCAAGACAAGCAAAAAGCCCUCAUGUUCGUGGUCAAUCGAAAUCCCCAAUUCCAAAGACAGUUUCGACAAACCCGAUGUUAAUUGUUUGGUCCUCGAAAAUGAGAAUAAUUUGCUUUUUGCGGCCUGUGGGGACAACAAUGUCUACAUUUUCAACAUUGAGACACGAAAGGAAGUGAGGAGUUUACGGGGGCACAAAAAUUACAUCCAUUGCAUCAACUUUUUCAACAAUAAAUUGGUUUCGGGGGGCGAAGACGGGCUUGUGUUGUUGUGGGACGUGCGAGGUGGCCCCCCUGUUAGCAGAAUUGAGCCCCACACGCGGGAUAAGGUGGCACGGGGGGAGCUAGGGCCUUGGAUUGGGGGUGUUGGGAUUAAUGACGAUUGGCUGUUGUGCGGCGGGGGCCCCCGACUGUCUUUAUGGCAUUUGCGCUCCUUAAAUGUCUCCACAGUGUUCCCCAUUGAUGAUAAAGGCAUUCACGUGGCGGAGAUCUACCAAGACAGGAUUUUCGCAGGGGGGCGCUCGAGUUUGUUCUACCAGAUGAGCUUCAAUGGGGACAUCAUAACGGAGAUCCCCACGUCCCCCGUGACUAGUUACAGCGCCGUCCACCAGGAGGAGCCCUUCCAGACUUUGUGUAUCGCGGGGUCGAGCCCCAAAAUCGACGUUUGUAGCAAUUUCAUUUACAAAAACUUGCAACUCUCUUUAUAUUAAUUAAUUUAAUAAAUAAUUUUUUACAAAUUUA